GGGCCUGGUGCAGCCCAGGCUGUGGGUGGCCCUUCUGGCAGCCAGGGCACACUGCUGGCUCAGGUCUGAGUUGCUGUCAGCCAUAACCCCAGAUCCCUUUCUGUGGGGCUGCCCUCCUGCCUCUUGUCCACAGGCUGUACAUCUAUCCGGGGUGGCCCCAUCCCGUGUGCAGCAUUUGGCAUUUCUCUUGUUCAGCUUCAUGUGGUUGGUGAUUGCCCACUCCUCCCAUCUGUCAAGAUCUCUCUACAAAGUCUCUCUGCCCUUGAGGGAGUCAACAGCUCCUCCCAGUUUAGCAUCAUCCACAUACUUACUCGAUAUAUCUUCAAGUCCCACAUCCAAGUCAUUGAUGAAAACAUUAAAGAGAACUGGCUCUAAAAUAGAGGCCUGCAGCACCCCACUAGUGAUGCCCACCAGCCUGAUGUAACCUCAUUUACUAUAUUUUUUUGCAUCUGACCCAUUUGCCAACUGCUCACCCAUUAUAUUAUGUUUUUUUCUUGCUGUGUGCUGGCUUUUUUUUUUUUUUCAGGAAGAUACUGUGAGAAGCACUAUUAAAAGGUUUGUUGAAAUCCAAAGAAUUACAUCAGCUGGCUUCCCUUAGUCAACUAGAGCAAGGACAAGAUUGCAUCCUACAGCAAAUCUCCAAAAGUGGAUAGGAGUGAUGUGGGGAAGGAGAUGAAAGAAAAGUCUUCCAUGAAACGUAAACUUCCUUUUACUAUUAGUCCAUCCAGAAAUGAAGAUCGCAUUUCAGACACAGAGAAGGAAGGUCCGGAGAAAAAGAAAGUGAAGAAGGAUGCUGGAAAUAAGAAAUCAACGCCAGUUAGCAUUCUUUUUGGUUAUCCUCUGUCAGAGCGCAAACAGAUGGCACUUCUUAUGCAGAUGACAGCAAGAGACAACAGUCCAGAUUCCAACUUGAAUCAUCCUCUGCAAACAACACCAGCACAAAAGAAAACUCCAAGCUCCUCUUCAAGACAGAAAGACAAAGUUAACAAGAGAAAUGAACGAGGGGAAACUCCUUUACAUAUGGCAGCAAUUAGAGGGGAUGUUAAACAAGUUAAGGAGCUUAUCAGUUUAGGUGCAAAUGUGAAUGUAAAAGAUUUUGCAGGUUGGACCCCACUGCAUGAAGCUUGUAAUGUUGGUUACUAUGAUGUUGCUAAAGUCCUGAUUGCAGCAGGAGCUGACGUGAACACGCAGGGUUUGGAUGAUGAUACACCACUUCAUGAUUCUGCUAGUAGUGGGCAUAGAAAUAUUGUGAAGUUGUUACUUCGACAUGGUGGAAAUCCAUUUCAGGCCAAUAAGCACGGAGAGAGGCCAGUUGAUGUAGCUGAAACUGAAGAGCUGGAAAUGCUAUUGAAAAGGGAGGUACCUAUCUCUGAUGAUGAGGACAGUUGCUCAGAUUCUGAAGAAGCUCCAUCUGUAAAUCCUUCCAGUGUAGAGGGGAAUGUUGAUUCAGAAGUGGAAAAAGAUUCUGUAGCCAACGGCAGCAAACAGAUUGUUCACAGUAAGGCACCACAUCCACCUGCACUGGAUGAAUAUGAGUUUAAAGAUGAUGAUGAAGAUGAAAUGAAGAAAAUGAUUGAUAACAGACAUAUUCUUAGAAAAGAUGUAAGGAAAGAGGAUGAAACAGAAGUUGAAAAGAACAACUUAUUUGCGAAACAAGAAAAAGUUACAUUUUCAAAAUCACUUAAAAACAAGAAACAAAAGCCAUCUAGAGUUUUGUAUUCAAGUUCUGAAAGCUCAGACGAAGAAAUACUCCAGGACAAAAAGGUAGUCUCUCCUUGUUCUGUUUCAGAGACCUCAAGUUCUGAUGUAAGAGCAAAGAAAGAAUGUGUUGUUACAAAUGAACACAAGCAAAAAGGCAAAGUUAAAAAGAAAGUAAAAAAUCAAAGUAAAAAUAAAGAGAAUCAGGAACUAAAACAAGAAAAAGAAAAUGCUAGAGUAACAAAUAUCACUACUUCAGGGUUAGAUUCUUUAGAUAAACCUAGAGAUGAAGAAACAUUUAAGAAGUCUUUCAGCCAAAAAGAAGAUUCUUCUUUACAACUAUUUCAUAUUGCUGCUGGCAAAUCUCCUAAGCAUCCCUGUGGAUUAAGUGAAAAGCAAGCAACAGCAUUAAAGCAAGAAAACACCAAAACUUGCUUAUCACCGGGAGGCUCUGAAAUAGCAUUACAGCCUGAAUUGGUUCGGUGCGAUCACAGUGCGGAUGCUGAGUAUCUAGUAGAAAGCUCUAGUGGCAAAUCUUGUAAGCAUAAAGAAAAAAGCAAGCAUCAUCAGAAAGAUUUUCAGUUAGAAUUUGGUGAAAAAUCUAGCUCUAAAGUUAAAGAUGAAGAUAAUAGCCCUACGUUUGAGAACUCAGAGUAUACUCUGAGAAAGAUUGACAAGGAAGGUAAAGCACUUAAAAAGCAUAAAUUAAAGCACAAAGAAAGAGAAAAAGAUAAGGACAAGAAGGAACAGGAUGGGGAAAAGGAAAAACAUAAACAUAAUAUUAAAGAGUCCCAAAGAAGUAUUGAGUUUGACAGAGAAUUUUGGAAAGAAAAUUUUUUCAAAAGUGAUGAAAGUGAAGAAACACUGUUAAAUAUAGAACAUGAAACUCUUCCUUCAGACAGAAAAUCGAAGUUGGAUAAAGCUGUGGCAAAGGAAGACAGGUUAGCUAAGGAGAGACAGUUCCACAAGGAGAGAAAUGCUAGAGAGGAGAGAGAGAAGAACAAAAAGGAAAAUGAGAAGUUUCUUAAGGAUGAGAAAAUGAAAGACGCGAAAGAAGAAAAAGAAACUAUACUUGCAGAUAAAGAAAUGGAAUUGUUCUGCUUAAGUGUUAAAGAUGAGGUGAUUAGCAUGCACUUAAUAGAAAAAGAAACAGAUACUGAAAAGCAUGAAAAGAAUUUAAAGGAAAAUAGAGAAAAACGAACCUCAGCCAAAGAAAAAGAUGUUGAAAAGACAGAAAGAAAAAGCGGGGAAAAAGAGAAAAAAAUAAAACACGAGUGUAAGGCAGAGAAAGCAGAAGUGAAUGAAAAUAUAGAGAAAGUAAAGGAAAAGAUCAGUUCCCAGCAAGCUGAAAGAUGCCAUAAGGAAAACGAUAAAAUUAAAAGCACAGGUACUCUUAAGAAACUUGAUGACAAAGAAAAAAAUAAAGAAAAGACAGAAAAGAAGCAUGACAAAGAAAAGGUUGAUAAAGACAGACAUUUGGCUGACAGCAAAGAAAAACACAGUAUUGAAAGAAAAGUCAAACAGUCUGAAAAAGAACCUGAAUAUACUAAGUCAGAAAAAAACAGAACUAAAGACAAGGAAAAGGAACCUGAAAGAAGAGACAAAUCCAGAGACAAAGAGAGUUCAACAGUAGUGAGCUCAAAACACGUGCAAGAAGAAAGAAGGUGCAACAUUACAGACAGCAAUAAAUCAAUGCAUGACAAACUGAUGUCUUUGAAAGAAAAGCAAAAAGAUGAUUUCUUGAAAACUCCAGACGGUAGAGAGAAGGAUAAAAAAGAUAAAGAUAUAGACAGAUACAAAGAGAGAGACAAGCAUAAACAGCAUCAAAGUAGUUUACUUAAGCUAAAACUCGAGCAUGAGAAACUUAAGCCUAAAACAUCUCCUGCACCAAAGGAUGUUCGACCUAAAGAAAAAAGGUUAGUCAAUGAUGAUUUAAUGCAAACUAGUUUUGAAAGAAUGCUUAGCCUUAAAGAUCUGGAAAUUGAGCAGUGGCAUAGAAAACAUAAAGAAAAAAUAAAACAGAAAGAGAAGGAACGUUUACGAAGUCGCGCUUGUUUAGAACUUAGCAAGAUAAAAGAAAAACAAAGGCAGUCAUUACCUGAAGUAAAAAACAAAGAACUUACUCGUUCAAAAAGCUCAGAGUUGCCAGAUUUUUGUGUGAAGGAGAAACAGCAGAAAGAAGCUACGAGUAGUAGAUCCCAGUCGGUAGAUACAAGAAAUGUAAAUGUUAUAAAGUCUUUAUUGGUUUUGGAUAAUUCAAAUAAAUCCCCCAAAUCAGAAGGUGAAAAGAGCUCCAGAUCAGUGUCCAUCAUUUCAGUUGCAAGUUCUGAGGAUUCCUGCCAUACCACAGUAACUACUCCAAGACCUUCAAUGGAACAUGACUCAGAUUUUGUGCUAGAAGGCGCUGAUUCCCAAAUGUCUUUUUCACAAUCAUCGUUUUUGCCAGCUGCCAAAUCACCAGCCCCUCUUGAAAGAGAGACCGAUGGUGUUGCCGAAUUGCCUGAUCGGAUGAAGCCAUCUUUUGCAAACAGGCUUCCACCAGCAUACAUCAGAUCAGCAUCUUUUGAAGACUUCAAACUGGUUUUAAAUGAGUGUAGACCUGUUGUAGAGGUUCGAAGAUGCAGCAUGCCUGCUUCUGUUUCUGAACACAGCAAACCGCCUCGAACAUCAGAGGAAAAUAACCAGAAUGCUCAGAUGUCAGUUCAGACUUUUCCCAGCACUUCUCCUAAACCAGAACUCCCGUGUAGCAUGGUUGAAAGAGAUAUUCAAAGCAGUUUUUCUGGUUUGCAGUCAUCUCCAACUGGAGCUUUUAGCAACAAGCAGGUAACAGUGGGUACAAGUACCACUAAAAAUAUUGCUCAGAUGAAUCCCUCAGAAGAAUACAAUAUUCAUUUAGAACCAUGUAGUCAAAGUAGUGUGACUCAGCAAACCAAACCUUGGGAUGUGCCUUUUGACAAACUUAAUUCAAUAAACAAUGAGUGUAGCAGCUCAGGUUAUGAUGUAUCGGAGCAAGAUAAUAAUAAUUUUGUAGCAAUGCAUAAUUCUGAAAACCGGACAUUAAAAGAGCAAAAAGUAGCUGAAUGUUUGCCCCAGCAUGCUGAGAUCAAGGGAAAUUCCAGUUCUCAAGAAUCUGCAUCGUUUUUGCCUUCACAGUCACCUUGUUCCUUACCCAUCCAGCCACUUCCAGAUGGAUCUAAACACAUCUCUUUACCAGGCAUUAGCAAUCAAGAUUCCUUACUUGUACAACAAAAUCUAGCUCAAACUGUAAGUUCUGCCAUCAAUACAGAUGCUAGUAGCACCAGAGAGACGGAAAAUGUUUUCAUCCCUUCCAACAUUCAGAAGGCUGAUGCACCACAUGCUGUAUAUUCUGAGAGCUCUGUGAAGGAUAUUUCACAGACCUGUGAAAGGGUGAAUGAUUUACCUGUGGUGGUGUUAGAAAAAGAUAUUCCUGAAUCUGAUGGCAGUUCACAGUUAAAUGUAAAUUCAUAUGCGUUCAAUAAACUUGUUUGCAGGAAUACUCAGUUUGAAGUGGAUGGUAACGCAGUGGAUACUUCGAACAUCAGGAAUGAAAAAGACCAGCAAGAAAAUUUGAUUUCUGUGCAUGUUGUUAACAGUAAAGCUGACACUGAUCUCUGUGAUCUACGUUCAGCAAUGUCAAAGGGAAUUAUGAACGAUUCAUCUAAUAAAAAGCCCUGCACUGCCGACGGAGAGAAUGUGUUGACAGAUGAAGCACUGCAGUACUCUUUAUCUAAUGCAGAAAAUAGUUCACAAGAGAUUAUACAAGAAGAGGUGCAUAAAUACAGUCAAAUAGUUAAACUAGAAGAAGAAAUUGCUGAGGAUCAGAAGAUGGAACAGCAAGAAGUACCUCAAAGAAUCACAAGAAAUAGAGCAAAUGUACUGGCAAACCAGGGCAAACAGAAUCCUGUUGGCUGCAUGCAGACGUUAGAAAAGGAGUCUGAAUUAUUAGCAUCUAUGAAAGGAAGGAUUAGAUUAACUGAAGAUGAUGAUGGUCAGGUACAUCAUCCACGUAAAAGAAAGGUGUCUCGUGUACCUCAGCCUGUGCAAGCGAACCCUUCUUUACUGCAGGCUAAAGAGAAAACCCAGCAGUCACUGGCAGCUGUUGUUGAUUCUUUGAAACUUGAAGAGAUCCAGCCGUAUUGUUCUGAGAGAGCAAAUCCAUAUUUUGAAUACUUGCACAUACGAAAAAAGAUAGAAGAGAAGCGUAAGUUACUGUGCAGUGUUAUUCCUCAGGCACCUCAAUAUUAUGAUGAAUAUGUGACCUUCAACGGAUCUUAUCUACUGGAUGGCAAUCCCCUGAGCAAGAUAUGCAUUCCAACUAUUACACCUCCUCCCUCGCUGUCAGACCCACUUAAGGAACUAUUUAAACAACAGGAGGUUGUAAGGAUGAAACUACGUUUACAGCACAGUAUUGAAAGGGAAAAGCUUAUUGUUUCUAAUGAGCAAGAAGUCCUCCGUGUUCAUUACCGAGCAGCAAGGACUCUAGCUAAUCAAACACUACCAUUCAGUGCCUGCACUGUUCUGCUGGAUGCCGAGGUUUACAAUGUGCCCCUGGAUGCUCAGACUGAUGACAGCAAAACAUCAGUGAGGGAUCGAUUCAACGCGCGACAGUUUAUGUCAUGGUUACAGGAUGUCGAUGAUAAGUUUGACAAAUUAAAGACGUGCCUUUUGAUGAGGCAGCAGCAUGAAGCAGCAGCUUUAAAUGCAGUACAAAGACUGGAGUGGCAGCUUAAACUACAAGAACUCGAUCCUGCUACGUACAAAUCCAUCAGCAUUUAUGAAAUUCAGGAAUUCUACGUUCCUCUUGUUGAUGUUAAUGACGACUUUGAAUUGACACCAAUAUGACAACCAGUACCUACUGGCUUUUGCCUUUGGACUGCCAGAGACUGAGGUGCAGCGAUUCACAAAGGUAUUUUUCUUUUAAGACAGAACACUUUAUUAAUGAACACUUAAUGUAGAAUACUGCCUUUCCCAAUAACUAUUCAGAGAAAUGUGGCACGGGGUCUUGGUCACAACACAGAGAUGGACGCUUAUUCUGAAGUCAGUUUCCUAGAAAAUAGCAUUACCUGUAUUACAAAAUUGCCUAUGGCUUCAGGGCUUACUGCUGACAAGGAUGAUGAAACAUGGUGAGUUAACAGCGCUGGCAGCUGUAACACAAACAGCCACCAAAACAAAAUGAUACCUAAAAUCUGCUAGGAAGCUUUGUAUCAUGAAACUUGGGUAACAGUGGGACUGCUACGGGGGGGGGGAAAUAAGAUGAAAAGUCUGUAGAAGAAAAAUCAGACUUGGAGGAAAAUAGUCUAUUAAUCUUAUUGUAUUUUGUAAAUUACUGUAUAGUUUUUUUCUUUUUGGAAAAAGAUGUAAUAUUGUCUUCAUUUUUAAAUAAUUUAUUUUAUACAUAUUGUGCAAAUGUAAAUAGUCUUGUAAUUAAUGUUCAAACCUGUACAAAAUAGAUAUUUUAACUGUAAAA